AUGUUACCACUGAAGGUUGCAAAAAAGAAAAAGAUUCAAAGCACCAGCACUGUAAAACAAUCGACUACAAGUUGUGGAAAACAGAAGAAAUCUGCAACAUUAGGGACAUAUUUCAUGCCGAGAACAACUCCUGGUGCUCAAAAGUCUCUUCAGAAUUGUUGGCAAAGGAAGGAAGCAGUUGAACGGUGUGAUCUUGCUUUAGCGAAGUGGAUGAUUGAUGCAUGUGUGCCAUUUAAUGCUGUUAAUUCUGUGUAUUAUCAGCAUGCCAUAGAUGCUGUAACAGCCAUGGGUCCUGGUUAUAAAAGACCAAACUUGCAUGCUAUUCGUGGUUAUUACUUGGCAAAAGCGGUUGAUGAAGUCAAGAUUUAUGUUGAGACUUAUCGAGAGAUUUGGAAGAAGACUGGUUGCACAUUAAUGGCUGAUGGAUGGACAGAUCAGAAGAGGAGGACUUUAAUUAACUUCUUAGUAUAUUGUCCUAAAGGAACAAUUUUUUUGAAAACCGUGGAUGUAUCAGAUGUCUCAAAGACUGCUAGGUUGUUGUAUCAGUUGUUUAGAGAGGUUGUUUUGUAUGUUGGGGUAGAAAACAUUGUGCAUAUGGUGACUGAUAAUGCUGCAAAUUAUGUUGCUGCUGGCAAGUUAUUGAUGGAAGAAUUUCCUUCAAUAUUUUGGUCUCCUUGUGUUGCUCAUUGCAUCAACCUCAUACUCCAGGACAUUGGUAAAUUGCAGUCGGUUUGUUGUGUUAUUAAGCAUGCUUCUGGUAUCACAAAGUACAUUUAUAAUCAUUGUUAUCCAUUGUAUUUGAUGAAGAAGUUCACUGGAGGAAAAGAAAUACUUCGUCCAGCUCCUACUCGUUUUGCUACCAAUUUCAUUGCAUUGCAAAGCAUUUUAGCUCAUAAAGAUGAGUUGAGAGCUAUGGUGACAUCUAGGGAAUGGGUCUCAUCUGCUUAUGCUAAAGAUAGCAAAGGAAAAAAGUUUGUUGAGAGUGUGCUAGACUCUCUGUUUUGGGAAGAAUGUGCAAUAAUUGUGCGAAUGAGUGAGCCUUUAAUUCGAGUUCUACGAAUGGUUGAUGGUGAUGAUAGACCUUCGAUGGGAUAUUUGUAUGAUGCUAUUCAUCAUGCAAAAGAAGAAAUGAUGAGGAGAUUUCAAAAGAGAAAGGCUAGAGUGAAACCUUUCAUAGACAUUAUCAAUGUUCUUGAGAAGUAUGCACAUGAAAAUCUACCAUUGCAAAGUGAGAUUACAAGUGAGAUGAAGUUGUUUAGGAAUGCUGAACAUGACUUUGGUCGAGUGUCCGUGCACCGCGACGUUGUCGGCGACGACGAGGCUUUAUGUCGUGCCUCCCUGAUGAAGUGUUGUAUUGGAAAGGGAAUUGGUUGUGAAAGGCAAAGACGCAUCACCUCCAGUGUAUCCUACCUAAGUGAAACUCUGCAAGGAGAAGAAGAAGAAGGGGAAGAAGAAAAGGAAGAAGGGGAAGAGGAGCAAGAGGCUACCCAGGCUAGGGAGGAGAUGCUGGAAGAAAAUGAAAAUGGUGGUGCUGAUGGGCUAUUGAAACUGCUGCUGCUGCUGCUGUGGAGGAAGAGGGAGAAGCAAUCGGUGGAGAGGGAGAAGUGUGGUGGAGAGGAUGGUGAUCAAGCCGACGGUGAUAGUGGUGGUGGCCAAAGGGAGGAGCUGGUGUUCAUGGGGGUGUAUAGGCUGGGGUUGUUGGUAUUCUCGUCAGAGAAGGCAGCUGUAGAAGAGGUGGAGAGAGCCGCAGAAGGCUGA